UUGACAGCUUACAAAAUUCACGAACGUUUUUGGCUGAUAGGUGUAACCGAUUAGCAGGCUGUUUAUGUUGUGACGAACACUUGCAAAAGGAUUACAUAACAUGUUUAGGUAAUUUGAGGUGGCCUGAUGAUUUCAACAAUAACCGGCGAUACAAUACAGCAAGUUUCAUAUUGGAGAGAACUUUUCAAGACAGCGCAAUUCCUUGAACAUAAAUUUACUCUCAAAGUUUACCAAACCUUUACUUGCGACUAUUUUUGUUUCUUACUUACCAAUCAUCUGGCUCGAAACACUUCCUUGAAUGAGAUGAUACAAAGCAAAAGUUUCUCUCGUGACUCGUUGACGAAAUUAUAAUCACUAGAGCAUCAAUUCUGCUCUAGAUAUAAUUUCGUCAACAUCAUAUGUUAGAAACCACAACGACGGAUACUAAAAAGCCUUGGUACAUUUUGCAUAUUUCAUUUAUCCCAAUGCCUUGACUGAUAGUGUGCAACAUAAGAACUUCAUCUUGGUCAUCUGCUCAGUAUGCAAGCAUCAAGUGUACAAGUCCUGUUGUUUAUUUACUGUAUAAUCAGUAUAGAUACAGUAGUGUGUUCCUGUGCAAAAGGAUGGCAAUCGUUUGGCAGCAGUUGUUAUAGAUUUUUUGACAUUAAAGUAAAUUGGGAAGAAGCCAGACAUGCCUGUCAGACCAUGAAUGCGGACCUCGUCGUGGUAAAGGAUCAAGAAGAACAUGCAUUCAUCUUUAACAAUGCCAACAGGACUGGAAAUAUAUGGCUAGGCCUGACAGAUAUAAAAAAAGAAAGCGACUUUAUAUGGAUCGAUAAUGGUGAAUGCAGCAAUUUUUCAAGUUUCGGUAGUGGUGAACCAAACGAUCUCGGUGGCGAAGACUGUACUAUACUCAUUACAAACUGGUGGAAUGACACCCCUUGUACAUUUCAAUAUCGUUUUGCAUGCGAAAAGUAUCAAGAUAUAACCCCACCCUCAUACGGAUCAUCUUGUCCGGUGGAUGACAUACAUAUGACGUUUUCAGCGACUAAUCGAUCAGUCUCCGUGUAUUGGCCUCCUCCUACGUGGACCGAUGACUCCUCUUGUCAUCCCACCGUAACUAGCUCACAUUCUCCUGGUCACGUGAUAAGAAUACCGGAUGACGUUUUAAGUGCAUCUAUCAAUGUGACGUACACUGCUACCGAUAAGUCUGGAAAUUCUGAAACUUGUUACUUUCGAGUAACUGCAUCAGUUCUAGACAGAUUCGAAUACCCAGGCCUGCAGAUUCCAGUCAGUUCCGAAUACCCAGUUCUGACAAUUGGAAUGUUCUUUGUUGGUAUCAUUGUUGGCGUCUUCGGAUUACUUGCUGCAUUGUUCUGCUACAACAAGGUUAAACGGAUUAGUCAGAACCGUAAUCACGCAUACGAGGAAGUACAGUACACAGUUAAAGAAUCGACUUAUGCUGUUACUAUCAAGCCGGAUAAGACAACAUCAGAUUAUGUUAAUAAUAUCAGGACGAAUAAGACAACAACAGCUCAUGUUAGUAAUUUCAAGUCGGAUAAGACAUCACCAGCUUAUACUAAUAUCAAACCAAAUAAGAAUAAGUGAAUGCUGUGUUUUGAAGUAGCAGUAUUGGUUUAGUGAUUUACGCCUAUCGUCUUUUAGCCUGUUUUCCAGGCCCUAAUUUUGGGCUACUCAAUCUAUAUUUCGCUUAUUGCGCGCCAUAGCUAAUUGAAAUGGCGUCCCAUACUCGAUUUUAUUCCGUCUCUGAAGUAACUUUUUACUAAACCUAUUGGUGACAUAAUUAGUAGUCAUGGUGUUAUGCAUCAUCUAUAUGCUGGCGAUACCAAGUUAUAUUUAAGUUUUAAUCCAAAUGAUCCAUCUGAGCCUGAAAGAUCCCUCAUACUCUUGGGAUUGGAUGACUCUGAAUAUGUUAUGUCUUAAUGAAGAAAAGACAGAAUUUAUCAUUGCUGGCACAAAAUAUUAUACAAAACGGUUCACUGAUGUUUGUCUUAGGAUUGGCAAUGUCACGAUACACCAAUCAAAAUCAAUUAGUAUAGGUGUUGAUGGUCAGUAAACUAUGUCUGAUCAGGUCUCUGCAAUAUCAGUUAACUACAACCUUAAAAACUUAUACCAGAUUCGUAGGUAUAUCGAUGUAGUAACAUGUGAAAAUGCCGUUAGAUGUCUUGUCCUGUCAAGACUUGACUACUGUAAUUCAUUACUUUUUGCGGCUCAUUUAAUAAAGAAAUCAGACGUCUUCAGCUCCUGCAGAACAGAGCGGCUAAGUUAUUUCAUAAUUUUAGAAAAUAUGAUCAUGUUUCGCCUCUUUUUACUCAACUUCGCUUGCUUCAAAACGUAUGGUCUACAAAAUAUCAACCAUAAUCUAUAAAUGUAUUCAUGGCUCUCCUACAUAUUUACAAAGCAUUAUAUCAACUCAUGUUCCCUCACGUCUAGGACUUCGUUCUGAAAUGGACACAUUAACGUCAUCCUUUCCAAAAACCCACCUAAAAUCUAAUCCAAAAAGGUUUCUUUGCACAAGCACCAUUGAUCUGGUUUCCAUUUCACAUCCGUCAGUCUAAGUCCUGUACGCAAUUUAAGUCACUUCUCAAAACUAACUUGUUUCAAUAGAUUGUUGGUCUUAGAGCGCUGUGAGACAGCAGUAUAAGAGCUCUAUAUAAAUGCUCAAUAUUAUUAUUAUUAUUAUAUUAUUAUUAUUAUUAUUAUUAUUAUUAUUAUUAUUAUUAUUAUUAAUUUGGUGGCACUGUCCAGAAUGAGAAAAAAUAAUAAGGGACUUGUCAAGUCUAAUUGUCUUUAUACCAGGAUCAUUAUUUUGAUCUCUGUAGAAAGUAAUACGUUUUUUACGGCCUGUUCAGAAGCAUAGAACUUUAAACACUCAGCUAUAUAGAUCACAUUACAUGAUGUCUAUUAGGCCAUUUGUAAAAAAUAUACAGAUACAAUGGCGAACAAAAAAAAAUGCAGAGAAAGAAUAUUUAACAGUGUCUCUAGUUCCAAAGUAAAAAAAAACAAAACAAAACAAAAAAAAACAUUAAUGCGCUGUAAAUAAUUAUAAAGUAAUAAAUGUCGAUAGAAUGAGAAUUAUUUGAAAAAAUAGUUGCCCAACAAACAGAAAAAGUUAUUGUAAUUUUCAUGAGCGUUUACUGUUAUGUAUGUCAGAAAAAUAACAUUGCGGCAUCGGUCAAGCGUUAUUAAGAUGUAGUUGUGAAAUCACGUUAUAAUUGCGUAUUUAGGGUCCUACAAGAAAAAAAUUGUUAGCGUAAUGAUAACAUUACUUAUUAUACAUUUUGUUAAGAUUAUUACUCAUUAUUAUGUGAAUGCAUCCCCCCGACCCCCUAGGAUAGUGUUGUCUCGAUCGGCCCAACUUUCGGGCGCCCCUUUUGCCCCCCCCCCCCUUUAGCGAUCUCUAUGGAUCCGCCCCUGAUAUGAAUAGAAUAAAGGUCACUUUAAAAAUUGACAAGGCAAAUUUAUUUGACGUUUCGCAUUAUUAUUCAAGUAUCAUCAGGAAUAAAAAAAUACAAUACAAGAAACAAACCAAAUUAGUUAUGAAUAGCCUAUAUAAAGCGUUUUAGCAAGUUUUAGUUUUUCUCGUCAUAAUAACUCAUUUCUCCGAUAACAAUGCAAGCCAUAAGAGAACUGUCCAUUAUAUUUUAUAUUAACUAAUAAAUUGUAUCCUGUAUUUUAACACCAUUUAACAUUAUUUUAUACUUAAGUUUAUUUAUGUGUAUGUUUAAACUUGGAAAAAGAAUUUAUGUAAACCUUUUACGUGUGACAAUAAAGAGAAACUUGGACGACGUUGC